UUUUCUCUAACAAAAUUUUCGAACUUUGAACCUUUCAAACAAGCUUCAAAAGCAUUUGCUUCUCCUCUUCAAAACAAAAUAAAUAAAAAGUAAUUCUUCUUCUUCUUUAUCUUUGCGCUCGCUUUGCAUAACUAAAUGCUUUGAUUUUACUCAUAAACAGAACCCAUUUUCUUUUCGUUGUAAAAGUGUUGAAUUCUUUGUAAAAAAGGAUAUCUUUUGUUGUUUCUUGUUCUUAGUUUUUGGAUAUACAGACCCUUUUGAAUCCCUUGGUUUUUAAUACCCAUUUGAACCCAAAAGGAAUUCCAUUUGAAUUCUUUGUUCUUUUUUUUUCUUUGACAUUUUAUCAUACAUUAUGAGGGCUAGACUGGUGGUUUUUCCAAUUAGAGGCAAAAUCUGGUGUUUUAGCAGAUCCAUUGAUCAAUCUGCAUCACAAUUCACCUCUACUAACACUCCUUCCACUGUCAAAGACCUCUGGAAGAAGAUUUCAUCCAGGCCCAAGCCACUCAAUGCCAAUGUUGAGCUUCUUGUUGAUUUCAUUUCAGACAAGAUGAAUAAUGCAUGGGCUGGUCUGGAAAAAGCACCUGAAGGCAGUUUCAAGAACAAGUUUGGAUUACAGCUUUUAGCUCGAGUUAAGCCGUCUGAGAUUCUGUUGAAAUCUAUAACCAAAGAGGUCACUAAUGUUCGGAUUGCAUACCCCUCCAGUUUGAAUGCACGGCUUGUACGGAGAAGAUUACGACAGAUAGCCUUGAGGGGUACUGUUAUACACAGGAAAUACUUUUACUGUUCGGUUACGUUGCUUCCACUGACUACUGCACUUGCUGUUCUACCUCUGCCUAACAUCCCCUUUUUUUGGGUCCUGUUUCGCACAUAUUCACAUUGGCGAGCUCUCCAGGGAAGCGAGAAGCUUCUUCAAUUAGUCACAGAUUCUUCCAGAGCUCAAAAAUGCUCUUCCAAGGUUUUGGAGCCGUCGAAGGAGUUGGAGGAGCUUGUUCAGAGUGGACAUGAUGACAAUGGUAGUGUUAAUGAAAAGGCUAUUUCAGAUAUAUGCAUCAAGUUUAGGUUGAAUAAGAAUGAUGUUUUGAAGUGGAGGGAUUUGAUGUAAUUUUCCCCAUUUAUUGUUUUUGCCUAUCAAUUUGGAAUAUUUUCAUUCAUUGCAAUUAUAUUUUCUUUUUGCCAA